CCAGAUCUUCCCCAGGAUCUUCACUGCCCGCGGACAAAAUGGUGUCUUUCCAGACCAAUAUUCACAUGGCUCAGGCCGGGCUGAGCGCCUACAGCCUGUUCCAUGCCUACAUAUCGAUCACGAACUUGAGAAAGUGGGAGUCGACUAGCGAGCGGGCUGCGCAGUACUCCAAAACUGCGGCGCAAGAAUUGCAUAAAACGCGGACCACACAGACGUCAGGUGCUCUGGCGAUACUUUGCUCGCUGUCUUGCGCCCUAUUCACUAUCGGCUGGCCUCUAGACUCUGCUUCAGGCCGGAUAGCUUUGAAUGCGUUCAACGCGGGAGUUUGCGCCCUCGCUCAACUUCAUGUGAGCAAUUUCUGGUCGCAGAAAGGAAAAAUUCCAAUGGUCCAAAGCUACAACGAUGCGAUCAACAGCACUUUGAUCAUCAAGCGACAACUCGGGAUUCUCGCAAUUGCGUGGCUUCUCACCACCCUUUUUGAAGCCCUAACUCUGUUCGCCUAAAUUCAGCUCCGACACGCAGACAUUCUGCUUCGUCUGUUGUCAGAAACCCCGUAGAUUUUACAAUCGUUGACCGGGCCAUGGUUAGACAAUAUCUGCGAUAGCGGAACACAUUCUUCCAUAUUCAUUCCCGUUGAUCCUAUCUAUGAAAUGUUCACACCUUUUCACUCAAAUGACGAGUAAAUUCUGCAUAUUUGCACAUUUGCACGUUUGCACACUGUCCUUGGUAGUUCGGCCGUUCAAUUAGACGACCAAUUUGCACACUGCAUUGUCCAACGUCGAAUUGGAUAGAAGAAACAGGCUCAUCAGCAAAGGGCAGAGUAGAGUAAAAUCAAAUCACUUUAUGUAAACCGCAAUUGCUAAGGUGCUGACCAUGUUUGUUUUGACCUUUGCAUCUGCCAACUUUUGGAAGACUCUUUGCCCACCGCCAUUUGGGGUAAAGUAUUUCUCCACCAGAUGACCCAACAGAGUUCAAUUCCUCAAUCAUUUGAUCAGCUGUUUGAGACCAUGUAUUUCAACUUCAUCUCAGACUACCGUGGAUUUAUUAUAGUAAAUAGAUGAUCAUUAUGGUUGGAUUGUUUUUGAC